UGAGACUAAGAGAAGGGAACCCCUGCUUAAAGAGAGGAAAGAAAAAGAGUCUCCAGUAAGAACAAGACUAGAAAAAGCAAAGAAAGCUCCAAAAGCAAAGACAGCGGCUGUCAACAUACCCAAAAAGAGAAGAUCUCGAGCCUCAGAGGAUGUGGAAGUGUCAGCUGCUCCAGCUCUGAUACAGGAUCUUCCUAUGUGCCGACCAACACCUGUGUACUGCCCAGCGCCCCCUGGCUGGUAUGUGCAUCAUAUAGUUACAAGUAGCCCAUUACCACCAUCCACUAUUCCAGAAUCAGAAGUUCAAAUUUUAACUCCUACUCUACUGAAAGAACCAGAAGCUUCUUUGGCAAAACCAAAACAAGCCACUAAAAAGAAAGAACCAGCUGUGCCUAAAGAAAAAGCCAAAGUAGCUCCUGCAAAGAAGGACCCCACAGUUACUAAAGCCAAAGUAAAACCUUCAGUGGCAAAGAAAGAGCCAACAGCUGUGAAAGAGAAGUCUAAAGGGACAGAGCGAAUGAUCUCUAAAGAAAAGGCUAAACCUACCUCUACUAAGAAAGAAGAGAAAGCUGUAAAAGAAGUGAAGCCCAAAACAGAGGUCAAAAAAAAGGCUGCACCAACACCGAAAGUCAAUCAAGCCACUGAAGAAGUUGUGGCUGAGGCACCAGCACCAGCAAAAGAUCUGAAAGCGGAGGAAAAUGUCACAGAGGGGAAAAAGCCAGGCAAGAUGCCAUACUUCCAGUGUGUUUUAAUGAGUUCUAAAUCCAGCCAGUAUCCACUGCGGCCCAUGUCCCCAGCUUUGAGUCCUGCUAUUAACCCCACCAUGAUGAGAGCCAUGAUGGAGCAGAGGGCUGCGUUACUGCAGCAGAAAACCCGUGCAGCUGGCCAGUAACUGGAUGACAGAACUCAUCCGGCCCUGGCAGGUGCAAACUGCUCAUGAACUUCUGUAAAAACACAGUGCUGCUAGGCUCUCAAGAGCUGUCCACCUAAACCAUCAGAGACUUUAACAAAUAAUGAGUUGAGGUCCCUGGUUUUUCAGUGAACACUCUCCAUUCAUUCAUUUCAAGUGUUUUUUUUUUUAUUUGUACGGUGGCCGAGAUAGCUCAACGCGCUGCAAUUUAAGAAAACAUAUGCAAAUUGAAAAAACACCAGCAAAUAAAAAAAAACAUCUUCAUCAAUUUGACAACACAAGUGUUGCAAAUCAUCACAACACAUGCAUAUAACGAAAUGCGCUGCAAAAUCAUCAAAACACAUAGAUAUAACGAAACGAGCUGCAAAAUCUCACAACUCAUGCAUAUAACGAAAUGCGCUGCAAAAUCAUCACAACACAUGCAUAUAACGAAGCGCGCUGCAGAUCCUUCACAACACAUGCAUAUAACGAAGCGUGCUGCAAAUCCAUCACAACACAUGCAUAUAACGAAACGCGCUACAAAUCCAUCACAACACAUGCAAAUUAAGAAACGCUGCAAACCCUGCUAC